AUGAAAAAGAAAGUGACACUUCUGGAGGAGGGAAUACAGUCCCCGGGUGCGACUGAACCUGAAGCCUCUUUGGCUUGGUGUGAUGUGUUCAAGACAUCAUGCUCCGGGAUAUUUUCGAGGGAGCUCUUUCCGACCUGCAGCAGCUUCAUCACAUUUGUAUCUUACAUGGCGCUCUCUAUCAAUCAAGGCUUGAUGGUGAAAGGUAGUCAAGAUGACAAGAACAAGUACAGCUACAGCACCAUUGCAGCUGUUUUAAUGACAGAAAUCCUCAAACUUCUAACAUCCUUUAUUAUCUACUUUUACAAAGAUAUAGUAAGAAUUUUUAUGCUAAGACAAGAAAUAGAGAAUCUCUUUUUUUCCGCAGUGGUAAUGUUUGGACAUUGUGGCAUGACAUCUGCCAAAGCCGCCGAGGUGAGCCAAAAUUUGAAAUCUCAUGUUAAAUGCGUUUCUGCAAAUGAUCUGUCAUCAAUAUCUUUGGCCGUCCUGUUUUCAGUUCUGUUGUUGUAUUUCGUACCUGCAUUUCUAUAUUGUCUCUACAAUAAUCUGGCUUUCACAAAUUUGGGAAAGUUUGAUCCAACAACGUACUUUCUACUACUGCAGCUAAGGGUUGUAGUCACAGGUGUUUGCUUCCAGGUUCUUUUCAAGAAGACCCUCACAUUCAGGCAGUGGAUAUCCCUACUCAUCCUCACCCUUGGUUGCAUCGUCAAAAAUGUUGGGGUUACCAGAGCGCAAAAUGCAGCAACAGACUCAUCUUCAUCUCUCGCUGAAACGAUCCUCGCUGACAUUAUUGUGGCGAUUUUCAGCGUCAAUAUCAUUUACAUCCUACUCCAGGUAUUUUCAUCCUGUUUUGCUGGAGUUUUCAAUGAAUACUUGCUGAAAGAUUAUGGUGCCAAAACCCCCCUGAUGGUUCAAAACCUCUAUAUGUACUUCAAUUCCAUCAUAUGCAACCUCUUCUUGGUAUACUUGGAUCAAACUGUGAUUCAAAUUCAAGAUUCGUCUUUAAACUGGAAGAACCUCUUCAAUCCCAAGGUCCUUUUGAUAAUUGCGAAUAAUGCAGCCAUUGGAAUAGUGACAAGUUUCUUUCUUCAUCAGCUCAAUUCGAUUUUGAAAGCAUUUGCCAGUGCCCUUGAGCUUGUCUUCACGGCUGUACUUACGUGGAUCAUAUUUGGAAUUCCCAUAGAUGGGUACACUAUUACUGCUCUAGUCAUUGUUAUCUAUGCAUCCCUGUUGUACUCUCAGAGUCCUGUUGUGAAUGUGGCCCGAACUGGAAGUUCAAGGAUUUCGAAAUAA